AUGGUGUUAACGGCCGAGGAGAGGAACACCUCUUAUAUGGUGGACAUCAACAGAGAUUUAUCAUCGAAUGUUCAAUACAAUCACCGUGAUCCGUGGGUGAGCAACUGUCAACCACUGUCGAUGAAAAAGUUUUCGGCCAAAAUGCAUGGACGGGGGUUGAAGACAAUGCGACCCUCAAAGAAGGCCCAUUUUGCAAACAAUCCGGAUAUUUCUGAAGAAGAUGAACAUAUACCGCCAGCAAAAAGAAGAGCGCAUGUUGUGCCGGAAAGACCACAUCCAGUUGCAUUUGAAAGAGCAGCUGGAUCGUCUACCGGAGUUGACGAGGCGAAGAUUGAAGAUGUUGUCUCGAAAAAAAUUGAGGAGGCUUUUGCUAGGAUGUUCCCUCGGUUUGUUGACGCGGCGGUUACCGAGGUGAUUAAACGAUUAGAUGAUUAUCUAAUUGUUCGAAGCGUGCCUCGUCCUGGAUCUGAGGAUUUGGAGACCGUAGUUGAGUCCGGUAGUCAUGGUGUUCCACGUGAGGAUGUUGAGGAUGUUGUGGAUGAGAAUGAGGGUAUUGGCAAAGUUGGCCCCUCACAGGAUGUAGCUGCUAUGACUCCAGAUCCGACAAAAGGAGGUGGAUACACGGAUGGUGAUGGUGCUGGGGUUGGUCGAAUAUUACGCGUUAAGUUGAAAAAUAGCAAGCUUUCCUCACCAUUCGUUGACUACCGGGAGACGAAAAUUGAGAAGCAAUUAUGGGUGAAAUACGAAAAUUGGAAGAAGAACAAGAAAUCUCCAAUGUUAAACGUUGGGCUAGAACCUACUUGGUAUCAAGGGCCAAAAUAUUUUAAAGAAAUUGAGAAUGUCAAGAAUAUGCUUUCUAAUGAACAUAUCGAUCCCUUUUUGGACGUGCUUUCUCGGAGGUUGUACAAUGGGGUAAAAUUGAAGUCGGGAGUAUCUGCUUCAAGAAUUAACAUUCAGGAUUGCACUCUAUUUCGCUUGUUGUCUCAUCAAUGGAAAGUGCUUCAUCCCGAGGAUCCUCAAUGUAAGCAGAGCUAUCCAGAUGAUGCAAAUUAUGAGAGAUGGAAUGUUCCUCCGGUUCUGGUCAAAUAUGUUCGUGGUACUGCAAUUCGUUGGGGAUCUCCUUGGCAUACAAAUCCCGAUGUCAUUUUGGUAUGUAAUGUUGACGAGCAUUGGGUGGUGUGCCGAGUACGGUUAUUGGACUGGGAGAUCGACCUUUACGACUCCUUUAGCCACCUUUCAUCAUCGAAGGCGUGUAAUGACCGAGAGCUUAUGUUGACCCCUCUCCGACGACUACUUCCCACACUACUUCACCGGUCCGGUUACUUUAAAAUUAUGAAUAUUCUGCCCAAGUUAGAUGCCUUAUCGAUUAAGAGAAUGCCGAGUGAAGUUCAGUUUGUUCAAGAGGAUAUCCAUAAUUGUGGUGUAUUUGCUUGCAUGUACGUUGAACGCAUGCUUGGCGAGAACAUUCCCUGGAAGCCGGACAUAAGUUUAUAUAGACGAAAAAUGGCAUUAGCAAUUUUUGGUCAUGGUAUUCCCGUGUCGAAGUAGUGUCAUUAGUUGGGGCUUUUUUUGUGUAUUGCCAUUGCAAAUUGUAGUGUAUUUGGUACUUUGACAAUUGUGGUCUAUUUGGGAAGCUAAUAGUUCUUGAUGUUUUUUAUAAUGUAAAUAUCUAGUUUAUCAAAGGAACCUCAAGAGCAUUAUCUCAUGUUCAAUUUAGCUGAAAUUAGGCCUUGACUAUUAGCUACUGCUCUUUACAGGGCUCAUAUAGGUGUGCACUUGUUUUCUUUUGGUCAUUUUCAUUGUUUUCUUUGUUCUUGUGAGUGUGUGGUGUAUCUGGGUAUUUGUGUUUAAAU